AUGAAUGCACUCCAAACCCAUUUCUGGGCAGUCAGAGAAUACCUCUCGCCUGUUCUCAGAGAGUCCAAGUUCAAGGAGCAUGGCCGCAUCACACCAGACGAAUUCGUAGCUGCGGGCGACUUCUUGUCCUACAAGUUCCCAACCUGGCAAUGGUGCGCCGGCAGUCCAUCCAAGGCGCGCGACUACCUGCCCAAAGACAAGCAAUUUUUGAUUUCGUGCGGGGUGCCUUCGCUGCGUCGUGUCAGUCAGAUCGAAAAGGGCGUCGGCGUCGGUGUCAAGGAUGAUGAUGAAAAGCUCAUGAGCUUCGGCGAGGGCGGGGCAGACGCCGCCGAAGACGACCAAUGGGUUGCCACCCACUUUGACGCUCAGCAGACCGGAUCCGCCAGCCGUGCCACCAACAUGCUCGAUAUCCCGGACAUCGGCGAAGAUGCAUCCGCCCCCGAGCACCAGCUCACAGCGGGCCAGGAAGAUGACCUUGCCGCACGGGUUGCCGGGGUCAGCAUAGCCAACCCAGCCACCGCAUCGAUCGAGCCCUCCACCUCAGCGAACGACAUUGGCGACAUCCCUGACAUGCCCGACAUCCCGGAUAUGGACGACGAGACCGAUGACCUCGCAGGCGACGUUGAAGAAGAGGACGAUCCAGCCACCGCUGCUCCUGCCACGCUCAACAGCGCAACUUCCGGUGCGACCUCAGCAGCUGAUAACGGGAAGCUCCUCUCAGUCCGCAAGUACGACUGCAUCAUCACCUACGACAAGUACUAUCAAACACCGCGCAUGUGGCUCGUGGGCUACGAUGAGCACGGCGUACCCCUCAAACCCGCCCAGAUCUUCGAAGACGUUUCCUCCGACUAUGCGCAAAAGACGGUCACCAUCGAACCGUUCCCGCACGGCCACGCUGGACCCGACAGCUCUGCCACCACGUCCGCCUCUGCCGUGGGCGUAGCUACUGCGAGCAUCCACCCAUGCAAGCACGCCAGUGUGAUGAAAAAGGUGAUUGAGCGCAUGAACGCCUCCGUGAUCGAGGAGCAGCGGAAAGCGGCGGCUGCAUCGGGUGGAGCUGUCGGCGGCAGCGGUGGCGAAAAGAAGAAGAAAAAGGGCUGGAGCGUUUCGAGCGCGGUCAAGCGGGUCACUGGUGGGGCGGCGGACUCGAGCGCGUCGACACCGGGGGAAAGUAAGGACGCAGCAACAGCAGCGGCAGCGGGCGCCACAGGCGACCCACCAGCUGGUGGCGACCAGGACGACGAGAUGGAAGGCUUAAGAGUCGACCAGUAUAUGAUCAUCUUUCUCAAGUUUAUGGCGUCCAUUGUACCGGCGAUCGAGAUCGACGCCACGCAGGCUUUGUAG